CGCUUCCCGUCUCCUUUUCGCCUCUCAGCCUCCUCCUGCCUGGCUGGUGCCCCGAUUCGCCAGCAAUGGUGUCCACAGCUCUCAGUCGACCGAAGUGGUAUCCAGAUUACGAGGUCUCGGUCCUUGGUGUAGUGUCGCUUAACCCCAGCACCCCAGUACCUCCUCCUUCCCAAUCCUCUUCUCCGCCCGCCCCGCGUGGCUCUAGGAGGAGCCUAAAUGUCCUCUUCCCCAGCUGAAGGGGAUUGUGGUGCGUAAACAGGAUUAACUCUCUCGCCCCCAGCUGCGCGGAUCUGCCCCGGGCCUGCUGGCUGGAGCGAACCCAUCAGUGCGCGGAGGGCGCAGCACCGGAGCGGGGGAUGGGGCAGCUCGGGGCCUCGGAGCUAUCUCCCGGGCGCUCUUCCUCGCCGAGUGGGGCGGGAGGCCACGGCCUCAGGAGCUGCUUCUCAAAACCCAGGGCGAACGGCCGCGACGGCGCGGGCUCUUAGCUGCAGCCUCCCCUCCGCCACCACCCUCUCCCGCCCCGUGCUUCCUCUCCGCCCCCCACGCUCCAGCCGCUCGGUCGCAGCCCGCGCAGUCCUCCGCCCCCCGGAGCCUCCGCGCCGGUCCCGCACCCAGCCAUGGGGGACCUGCCGGGUCUCGUGCGCCUCUCCAUCGCGCUGCGCAUCCAGCCCAACGACGGCCCGGUCUUCUUCAAGGUGGACGGGCAGCGCUUCGGCCAGAACCGCACCAUCAAGCUGCUCACCGGCUCCUCCUACAAGGUGGAGGUGAAGAUUAAGCCCACCACGCUGCAGGUCGAGAACAUUUCCAUUGGUGGUGUGCUUGUCCCAUUGGAGCUGAAGUCUAAAGAGCCUGAUGGUGACCGAAUUGUUUACACGGGCACAUAUGACACGGAAGGUGUGGCCCCAACCAAGAGUGGAGAACGGCAACCCAUCCAGAUCACAAUGCCGUUCACUGACAUUGGGACCUUCGAGACAGUGUGGCAAGUCAAGUUCUACAAUUACCACAAGCGAGAUCACUGCCAAUGGGGAAGCCCCUUCUCUGUCAUUGAAUACGAAUGCAAGCCCAAUGAGACACGUAGCCUCAUGUGGGUGAACAAGGAGUCCUUCCUCUGAAGAUGGCUCUUUCUGAUGUUGCUGGACAAUCUCUUCAAAACCCUACGUUUAGAUAACCCAGCACAAGCCUUCACCAAGGCACACCACAGCGUUGCUCUUACCCAUCGGGUGCUGAUGACCUACUAGCCCCGACUAUUUUGAAAGUGUAAUUCCCUUCUGAUGCAAUGCUCCUGACGUAAAAGGUUGUGAGUGAUGUACCAUCCCCAAGAAGAUCCCUUUCUGUAUUCUGUGUUGGUGUUCCUGCAUCCAGUUGUUCCCGGUCAUGCCGUUGACCGCUUGUGAGGAGCUCAGUGGAAUUGCAGACAUAUCCCCUUCUUAAUGACUCCACUGAAUGUGGUGUUUUGUUUCCAAGUUGAGUGAUCUCCCCCUUUUUUUUGUAAAAUGCUAAAUAAAAAAUAACAAUGUGUUGUGGGUUCUCUCCCAAGCGUAAUAUGGUAACAUGUAACUUGCAAUGUUAUGUGGCUCUUUAAGCAGGCUUGGUGAAAAUGUAAUACAAACAGCAGUGAGUUGGACUCAGAUGCUGUGCUUCCUAUAAACAGCUCAGCUUUUUCAGGGAACAAUAAUGACAAAUAAAAGGACAACUAUUUAAGAAGUAUUUAUAACACAUUAAAACUCUUUCAAGUAACUUAAGGUAUUAUGUUAUGGCCUAACAAAAAUGGGAAAAGGCAUCGUUGGGGUCCACUGUUAAGGUGACAGAAGUUGUAGGGUUACCCUUUUGGCAAGCUACCCUAGUACUCAAACAUGCAUAUGAUGGCAUCCCUACGUUCCCCUUCACUUGAACUUUGUAAAACUGUGUAUGCAACUGUAAUGAACUUUUGAUAUUUCUUAAUAAAGGUAUUAAAAAUCA